GUCUACACUACGUAAUACGCUUGGUUGCUCACCACUACUAGUUGUUGACUUCCUAUAAAGAAUCAUGUCCCCUCCAUUCCACAUCGCGAUCCCUGUCCGCGACGUCGAGGAAGCCCGGGCGUUCUACGGCGGGGUGCUGAGCUGCCCGGAAGGCAGAUCCGCAGCCACAUGGGUGGACUUCAACCUGUUCGGUCACCAGGUAGUGGCGCACUUGGUCAAGGACUACCACGGCUCCUCCGCACACAACGCCGUGGACGGCGACCCGGUGCCUGUGCCGCACUUUGGCGCCGCCCUCACAGUGGACCAAUUCCACGCCCUGGCGAUGCAGCUCAAGUCGCAGGGCGUCAAGUUUGCGCUUGAGCCCCACCUGCGCUUCAAGGGGACACCUGGCGAGCAGUGGACCAUGUUCUUCUACGAUCCCUCCGGGAAUGCGUUGGAGUUUAAGGCGAUGACCAACCCGGAGAACCUGUUCGCCAAGUAUGUGGUGACCGAGUGAAGUAGCAAGUGUGCGCAGCACACACUGCACAAUAGCCAGAGUGCGUAAUGACCCGCACUGCGUUAUUGCAUGAAUGGACCAAAACUUGGACAACCUACUUUUACGUAGCGUUGGGCGUAGACACAAUGCAUGACAAUAGGUACAUGUGUUGCCGAUGGUAAGGGUCGGUGUAAGGUUGUCGACGUGGCGACGGCAUGAUCACAUCAUGCAUGCUGGGUCUGGGCUUCCGGUUUUUGCAGGAGGCGUUGAAGGUGCAAGGGAAAGCGCAGACACGUGCAGUACCGGAAUUGCAUUGCCGCAGCUCGUGCAGUAAGAUGAAGUAAUUGCCCCGGCUAAGAAAGUACGGAAGAAUGAAUCAGUUGGAAUGUGUUCGUCGGCAAGCCCCUGUAACACAAUACGAUGGUAUUAUACGGUAGCAGUGUGGUACCAGGUGUGGGCAAGCAGCAUACCGUUUCUGUGGUACUGCUGCCAAAUAUCUGCGAGAUGACUGGCCAUCAUGGUGUUAUGGUACGGUACGGUGGCUGGGCUCUGGCAGCCUACUGCGGCGUGGCCAGGACUCACGCACGAAGCUUCGCCGACGGCAGUCUGCUCUGUGCGCCCCUCUGAGCAGGGAUGCGGGGCUAUGCUCCUGCGGUCGGCGGGACUGUCCCUUUUUGUAAUGUCGUAUCCACAUGGUUUGCCUGCUGUUGCUGCGACCCCCGCCCCCAUGUAAUCACGCCUAGGAGCCAUGCACAACCGCCUACAAUCUUGUCGCCAGGUGCGCGGAAUUGUAAUCUACCGUGUUU